CUAUCGCCUGCCACUAGAGCAUAAGUUGCAGCGAGCUCCCAGCACAAUCGAAGUCGAGUUUAGGUAAACAACAACUAUGGCAGAAAACGGAGAACAGAAAGGUGAUUUCGAAGCACAACACGAAGCUGCAACCCCGGGAAAAACUGAGUCCGUUGGCGGGAAUUCAGCACCCGGAACCCCGGGGUCGAGACGUUCUGGAACCAAUGACGCGACGAGGCGUUUCGAUUCUGACGAUGAUGACGUCACAAAGCCCUGUGAUGAGGUAAAAGUGCCGAUCGACGAAAGCGGGAUGGACAAUGUGGAACUUGAUUCGGUUAAAGAGGUAAAACUCGAACAACCAAAGUCCAAGUCCAAGAAACAGAAAAAAGAGAAAAAGGAAAAGAAACCAGACACAACUGACUACGUUAACAGGGACCCUAGGAACCUGCAGGAAUCCGUAAAGGUUAACUUUGCUGACAUCAUAGCCGAACCUUCGGGAGCACAUAGCUUCAAUACGGUAUGGGGAACGAGUUACAAGGUGUACUCGGUUACGAAAUACUGGGUGUACCGGAUAAUGACCCUCGUAUUCGGCGUGCCAUGCGCAUUGAUAUGGGGCGUUUACUUUGCUUGCCUUGCUUUCUUAAGCAUUUGGUGGAUCAUGCCGUGUAUUAGAUGUCUCGGUAUCAAGAUCAACUUCAUUGGAAAGAUUUGGUCGCUUACAGUUCGAACAAUUCUCGAUCCAGUUUUCGAAUCGAUCGGGCUUCUUUUGAGUCGAAUCCGGAUUGUGAUGUCACUGAGGAGAGACUAGCACAUAGAAAUCAGAGUUUGUGCUGGAGUUUGGGGACAACUUUGUGCGAAACUAACAUAUUUUUAAACGUUUACGAAUGCCAAUUAUUUACGAAAUUUUAACACGUUUAGAAUGCAACGUAUUUAACAUUUUACAUCAAAAAUCGCGUAUUGAAUUUUUAUUCAUUGUAAUACACAAACAUAAGAACUGUACUAUA